AUGAACGGGGACCUGAGUCUCUCUCAGGCUCUUGGUGGUCUCCGGAUAGCCAAUCCUGACGACGCGACGCAAGACACUCUUCCGAGGCACGCCGACCCAACCUCCCAAGCCCCUACCACACACGACACCACGGUCACGGGUCACCACAUUGCUUCUUCCAGAGACCUAGCCAACGGGCCUUACAGCAUCGCAGCGGAACUGCACCCCAAUGAAACCGAUGACCAGUCACUGCCGUACGCACAGCCGCCUACAGACAUACCUGCCCUGCCCCCGCAGCCCUCAAUGCCGACACAGAGCCAGGUUGUGUCCGAAGCCAGCUACGGCGAGUCACCACUGCAACAGCAGUCAAACCGGCUCAUGGCCCUGGCCACAGGCAGCGCAAGCGAACCCAUGCCGCACCGAAAACAAUCGAGAGGAAGUGCAGAUGGCUACUUGCGCAAUGAACUAGCCCAACCAGGUGCCCAUCCCAACCAGACGAGUGCGGAAGACUGGAAAGAUCGCGGCGCUGCAGUCGGUAUCAGGAGAGAAAUCGACAUCAACGGCAGGCCGAUAGUGCGGCAAGUCAAAAAGGGGGUUCGAGACUUCUCAUUUGGCCGGAUACUCGGAGAGGGCUCAUACAGCACCGUGUACCUGGCGACCGACAGACAAACGCUAAAGGAAUAUGCAAUCAAAGUGCUCGAAAAGAGGCACAUCAUCAAAGAAAAGAAGAUAAAAUAUGUCAACAUCGAAAAGAACACACUCAACAGACUCACCGAGCACCCCGGUAUCGUCCGACUUUACUAUACAUUUCAAGACGAAGCGUCUCUUUACUACGUCCUGGAUCUUUGCAACGGUGGCGAGCUUCUCGGCGUACUGAAGAAGACGGGAACUUUCGAUGUCGACUGUGUGAAAUUUUACGGAGCCCAGAUUCUGGAUGCAAUCGAUUACAUGCACUCCCGAGGUGUGAUUCACCGUGAUCUGAAACCGGAGAAUGUCCUUCUCGACAACGAAAUGCACGUGAAGAUUACAGAUUUUGGUACCGCCAAACUGCUGAGAGAUCCAAGAGACCCGCAAAGUACAAAUUUCAGUAACGCCACCGGGACUGAGCAAGAUGAAGACAGAGCCGCAUCAUUCGUUGGUACUGCGGAAUACGUGAGCCCUGAGCUUCUGACACACAAAACUGCUUCGAAAGCAAGUGACAUAUGGGCGUUUGGAUGCAUCAUCUUCCAAUUGCUAGUUGGAAGACCGCCCUUCAAAGCUGGAAGCGAGUACCUCACCUUUCAGAAAAUCGUCAAUCUCGAAUACGAGUUCCCCUCUGGUUUCCCCUCCGCUGCAAGCGACCUUGUUGAACGUUGUCUGGUCCUCGAACCUACUAGGAGGUUGACGAUCGAGCACAUCAAGAACCAUGAAUUCUUCGAAGGGCAACCAUUCGGAAGGGGCCUAUGGAGGACCAAAGCGCCGCGGCUUCGGGCAUAUGUUCCCCCGCCGCAAGAACCAAACAUCAUUCAGCUGAAUGGCUUCCCAUCCAACAAUACCUCCAACACUAGUCAACACCGACAGCAAACCAAUCAAAAAUCAGCGCCCCGUCCGGGACGAAUCAUCACGGAACUGCCGCCUCCUACCCAGCUCGACAUUGAAUGGUCUCCAGUACUCACGAAAGAUAAUGAACGCAUCCUUAAGUUGGCUGACUUGAUGGUCAUAUCAAGUCCGCUACAUAACGUAGCUAAUGGAAAGAGCGCAGAUGAAGGCCACAAAAAGCUCUCCCGCUUCUUUGGGGGUAGCACAACUAAGAAACGGCACAGACUCGUUAUGAUUACCUCGAGUGGAAGAAUUGUUCUUGCUCCUGCCGGCGGGGAAGAAAAGCGAUCCAAACAGGAACUUUCACUGCUCGCACCAGACAGCUCGUGGCACACCCAUAAUGACGCAAAAGGCCAACUGGUCUGGUGUGUAGACGUCGGCGGAAACCGUUACACAUUUGAAGAAACCAAAGGUACAGCGCCUCCAGAAAGUGGUGCAUCCUAUGCAGAAGAGUGGAUAAGCAGCCUAGAACGAGCGCGCGAUCUUGCUGUUUCUCAGAACCUUGUGGCACAAGGAGCUGAAAGUGGAUUUUCCGAAAUGUCUUCAAGCGUGCCCAGUCCUUCCAGCACAAUCGGUGGUCGAGGCAAUGGACCCGACUCAUACAGCAUCAAUGAGCGACCAUCACGCGGUCAUCUCACCAAAGGUCAAGGUGGCAACGAUGAAACUACUCCCAAGAGGAACCGGUUUAGUAAACGACAGUCGCGCAACGGUCUUGGUGCUGCAUUCUGA